AUGGAGACGGUCAACCAGCUCGCCUCCAAAGGGAGUUUCCGGGCGGUGAAGGAGCCCCUGGCUUUCCUGAGGGUGCUGGAGUGGCUUUUUGCAAUCUUUGCAUUUGCAACAUGUGGUGGCUAUUCUGGAGGACUGCGGCUCCGCGUGGACUGUAUAAACAAGUCAGACAGCGACCUCAGCAUUGACAUUGCCUUCGCCUAUCCAUUCAGGUUGUACCAGGUGAAUUUUGAUGCUCCCACCUGUGAAGGCAAACGACGAGAAAAACUCUCCCUAAUAGGAGAUUUCUCUUCUUCUGCGGAGUUCUUUGUCACAAUUGCUGUCUUUGCCUUCCUCUACUCCUUGGCAGCCACGGUGGUGUACAUCUUCUUCCAGAACAAAUACCGUGAAAACAACCGGGGCCCUUUGAUUGACUUCAUUGUGACAGUCGUGUUUUCGUUCAUGUGGCUCGUGGGCUCCUCUGCUUGGGCCAAAGGACUCUCUGAUGUGAAGGUUGCCACGGACCCAGAUGAAGUGCUCUUACUGAUGUCAGCUUGCAAGCAGCAGUCCAACAAGUGCAUGCCGGUGCGCAGCCCUGUUAUGUCAAGCCUGAAUACUUCAGUUGUAUUUGGCUUCUUGAACUUUAUUCUCUGGGCAGGAAAUAUUUGGUUUGUUUUUAAGGAGACUGGUUGGCAUUCUUCGGGCACGAGGUACCCUCAAGACACCAUGGAGAAACAAUCCAGCAGCUACAACCAAGGUGGCUACAACCAAGAUAGCUAUGGGCCAAGUGGUGGGUAUAACCAGCAGGGAGGCAGUUUUGGCCAACAAACCAACUAUGGCCAAGUUGGAGAAUUUGGCCAGCAACAAAGCUUUAGCCAGAGUGGUCCAACUUCAUUUGCUAAUCAGAUUUAG